AUGGUCAAGCUUCUAAUCGAUCGGCCAUGCACUUUUGCUCCUGCAUCCUCCACAUCAUUUCCACAAGAUACAAACAUGAACAAUAUUGUAUUGAUUGAAUUGCAAGGAGAAUUAGAAAAGUAUGGUGCUGAAGAGUGGAAAGAUCUGUAUGUUGGGAGAAUACGAUUCGAAGAGGGCGUCCCAAUUCUCUACGUCGAUCAUAACCGCAUAGAAGGCAAACUAGUGGAACUAAAAUCUCCGCAUUGUAUAAUCGUUAAACGGACGCAUUAUCCGUUUCCUUCGUCUCAAAAUCAGUCAAAAUCAGAGCUACAAGAUGUCGAAAUGACUGAUUAUUUAGAUGCUGGGGUGGUGGCGAAUAGUCGUACAGAUGAAGGCGGUGAAUUGAGUGCGAAAACAAAGAUAGAGUAUUGUACAGUAUCUCUAAUAUGGAAAAAGUACGUGUUCGCGAAGCGACCGUUGCCAAUGAUGGAGGCCAAGUGGAAGGAAGCCUUGAACAUUCGUUAA